AAGUGGAGUGUUCUUCCCCUUUUUUUUCGAGCGGAAAAGUAAUAUUAUAAAAACUUUAGGCGUCGAUGUGGGGAACCCUGUGAAUAACAUACAACCACUACAUCGUCAUACCUGUUUUGUAUAAAUCUGAACGUCUCGCCGCUGCACCGAGCAGUUUCCGCUAAGAGCUGGCUUAGGUUGGAUACAUCUGUGCAUUAGUCCCGAGUUGUGGCUGAGGAGUGCCUUUGGAGGCGGGAAUUCUGUUGCACAAAUAAAAAGGAUAUAUUACCAAAGCAAUAAAAUUUUCUUCAAUGCUAAAAAACCUUUAACAAACCUCCAAAAUAUUUCCUUCAAUACGUUACAAACUUGUUAUCAAAACUAUAAUACCCUGCGAAGGUAAGCACUUUAAAAACACCUUUUUUGUCAAUGAAGCCAUAAAUAAUUUACUGGGGAGAUCGAUCUCGAUAAGAACAUACCUGCGGACAAGGAGAGCCAUUUAUCUUUAAAAAGGGGCUCCAAAAUGCGAAAGAUCGCGAUCAGCCUGCUGAUCUUUAUUGGAUCUCUGUUAAGUGCCUCUACGGACACCGAAUCGCCUGUUGUCGGAAUUCUCACCCAGGAACUUCGUCCUAAUGGAUUGAUCAUGCGGCACUUCCCCGAUAAAACCAGCUUCAUAGCUGCCUCGUAUGUGAAGUAUCUGGAAGGAGGUGGAGCCCGAGUUGUGCCCAUUUGGAUCGGGCGUAAUCACAGUUACUAUAAAAAUCUUAUGUACAAGAUAAAUGGGGUUCUGCUGCCCGGUGGUUCCAAUUGGUUUAAUCAAAGCAACGGCUACGCCGAGGCAGGUGAACAUAUCAUGCAGCUGGCGGUGGAGUUAAACCAUAAGGGCAGAUAUAUGCCGGUUUGGGGUAUUUGUCUGGGAAUGGAGUUCUUGAUUUACAUGAUGGCCAACAACAAAGAACACCGGGUGGAUUGCAAUGCAAAGAACAUGAUUCUGCCAAUUGAGUUUAGAGAAGAUUACAAAUCGAGCCGUCUCUUUGGUACUAUCAGUUAUGAUGUAGCUGUUGCUAUGACUACGGAAAAUGUGACCUCUCACUGGCAUCGCUUUUGCUAUACGGAACAGGACUUUCGGAAUAAUCCCUUAACUCAGAUAUGGCGUGUUUUAUCCGUGAAUCAUGACUGGCAUGGCUCCGAGUUUAUUUCUACCGUCGAGCACGUCAUGUACCCGUUCUAUGGGGUACAAUUUCAUCCGGAGAAGCCACAAUUCGAGUUCCACAAGUCAAGUAUUCCCCACACUGCAGCUGCAAUUGUAAGCAGCCAAUUCUUUGCCGAUUUCUUUGUGAGUGAGGCCAGGAAAAGUAACCAAAGCUUCGCUAAUGAAUCAGAGCUGGCCAUGAUGUUGAUUUAUAACUAUAAGCCGGAGUAUACCGGGAUUUUGAAAUCCAUUUACACUCAACAAUAUCUAUUCAGCAACGUGGAAAUGGGCCUGGAAGUGAGACAUGCGCAUCCUUUUGGAUAACAAUUUAUUGGCAAACGCCAAUAAAAAGCUAUACAUAAUUGGCGUCAAUCCAGUGGAGACAAAGUAUCUACUAAGCUUCAGAGUAGUAAAAAUCAAAGUUUGCUGGGCAGCUGAUUAUUUUUAAUAAUCGAUACGCCAAUCGGUUUCAAUCAUUCACACAACUUAAGCCGUUCCUACUUAUCAGUUGUUAGGUCAACAAAAAUAAAACAGUUUAUUCAAUAAUUUAAUAAUCAACCUAAAACAAUAAUAUCUUGUGCACUUAGUCACUGAUCAACUAGAUCAAUUAAAUUAACCAAAACUGAACUUUAUCCA